AUGUGUAUUGAUGAUAUAUAUUUAACAAAACCUAAAACCAAAUUCACAAUAGAAUCAGGAUAGAGUGAUAAUUUUAUAUUUACUUGCGCUUCUAUGUAAGGAUGGAGAAAAUCUAUGGUAAUCGAUUAAUUAAUCUUUCAUUUAGGAAGAUGCAAUUAUCAAAGAAAAAUUAUCUACAGGAGAAUAUUUAUUUGGAAUCUUAGAUGGGCAUGGAGGAUUUGAAGUUUCAUCUGUAGUUUCUAAAUAUUUACCGCGCUUUUUAGAAUCAAAUAUAAAAUUUAGAAAUAAAUAAUAUGAAGAUAGUUUAUUAGAAUCUUUUAUAGAUAUUGACAAAUGGUUAAUAACACCUGAAGGACUUAAUGCUUUAGUAGAAGAAAGAUUUUCAAUGUCUGUUGAAGAUGGUAUAAUUGAAUUAUAUCAAAGUGAUAAAAAACAUUAAAAAUUAGAAAAAAUAAUACAACUAACAAUUAUUUGAUGUUAGUGAAUUAGCUAAACUAACACCAAAGAAAAUAGUAGAAUUGAUUGGAAAUUCUAUUAUUGAUGAUAGUGGUACAACUGCCAAUAUAAUUUUAAUAACUAAAGAUAAAAUAUAUUGUGCAAAUAUAGGCGAUUCAAGAUCAGUUGGAAUUUAAAAAGGAAAAUCAAUUAUUAUGAGUUUUGAUCAUAAACCUACUCAUGCAAAAGAAAGAUCAAGAAUUUGCAAAGCAGGAGGAUUUGUUGUUGAUGGAAGAGUUUGUGGUGCUUUAUCUCUUUCAAGAGCAUUUGGAGAUUAUUAAUAUAAAGAUGAUAUGGUUAUAGCUAUUCCAGAUAUUAGAGUUUUUAAAAAUAUAGAAAUGAUUUUUAUGGCUUGUGAUGGAAUUUGGGAAGGUUUAAAUGAUUAUGGAGAAUAACUCACACAAAAGAUUUAUAAAAAUAACAAAUAGCCAUGUAUUUUUAUAUUCAUAUUUUUUUUCUUAGCUGAAUAGAAAUUAAAAUCAAUUAUGAAUGAAAUUUUAGCUCCUUCAAUGAAUGAAACUACUGUUUGGGGUUUAGAUAAUAUGUCAUGUAUCCUCAUAGAAUUUAACAAUUAAUAAACAAAAACCAAGAAAGAAUCAUUAAAAAUUAAAAAAACUAUUAAAAAAUAGAAGAAAUGA